AUGAGAGCUACGUUCAACAUUUCGGAAGAGAGCUUCGAGUCAUCACAUGACGCCUUUAGAUCUGCUUUACCACGCGGCUUUGCAUGGGAAGUACUCUAUGUGUACUCAAGACCGCCUGUUAUCGCCUUCAAGUUUAGACACUGGGGAUACUUUGAAGGAACUUUCAAAGGUCAUGCUCCUACUGGGGAAAUGGUUCAGUUCCUGGGUCUAGGAGUUCUAAAGGUUGAUGAAUCGCUUAGAGCAGAGGAGAUUGAGAUUUACUAUGAUCCAGGAGAACUGUUCGGGGGACUACUCAAGGGACCUCCUAUAUCAGAGACCAAAACCACAGACACUGGAGACAACACUGCAGAGAAAAAAAGCUGCCCAUUCACACACUAAGAAAUUUUAUUUAUCUAUGAAUGUCUAUUGUCCGUAUAACGUUGGUUUAUACCAGAAAAUUAAAAAGCAGAAGUGUAUUUGACCCUUUAAAGAAUAUAUUGUAACAGUCUCUUGGUUAUUGAUGCAUGGAAUAAAUUAUAAGUUGUGUUAGGCGUCACAA